UGCAUGCCUUGUUUGGGUGGGGCUGCUUUGAAAUUGACACCUUUGAUUUGAAUGAAUUUCUUUGAAAAGUAGUCUGAUAGAUUAAGACGCAGAGCAUGGCAUCUCUGAAAACGCUACUCUCUAUUUGGGAUCUCCAAGAAGAUGACGAAAAUAUAAGAGAAUUGUUUUUUAGCUCAAAAUCCAACAAAUUAUCAAGUGAAUUUUGUAGUAGUCAAGAUUUGAAAGGUGACACCUUUUUGCCUGACUUGGAGCCAUGUCCUUCUUGCAACAGCUUGAACAGCAGCAAGAGCUCGUGGUGCACUGAAUGUGGAAAAUCUCUUUUAGGAGAGGAAGGAAGGAGACCGGAGCAACAACCAAAAAAGAAACAAGAAGGAGACUUUGCUCAAAAUUUACUACUGGAUGACAUACCUAUUGAUUCACAUAGAUCAUCAUUAGAGCUGGACAUUAUGAUUGAUAGUUCAAGUACCACAUCAUCUUAUUGUAAUGGAUAUACAUAUGAAAGAAAGUGGGGGAGUUCGUCAAGGUACCACAUGUGGCAGAAACCAAGUUCUUUAAAAAAACUAUCAGUUUCAUCAAUCCCUGACUAUGAUACAGAAAUGAAUACACCUGCUAUUGAUUCAAACUCUAUCACAGCACAAGAACAACCUCUUACUGUUAGUUUCAUUGAUCUUCCUAAUGAGAUCCUCCUCUUCAUUUUGUCCUUUCUGUCACCUCUUGAUGUAGCGGCAUUUGGUCUUGUCUGUACAAGGUUUCGUCAAAUCUCAAUGUUAGACUAUAGGAAGACAAUUGUUUUGAGAGGUUCACUAACAAAAUGUAGACUUAAGGAAGCCACAAUGCUCCAGCCAUCAAUCCUGGUCCUUAAGAAUUGCAAAGCAAGUUCCCUUUCAGUUGCAGAGAUUGACAAAGGAAUUUCUUAUAUCGGAAACAGAUUAAAAAGGCUGGUGGUGGAUAUGUGUGAUAUGGGAAGCUCUGGCAGCAAUGGAUUACUGUCUGCAGUGGCCCAUUACUGUCCCUCUCUUACAUCUCUUGAGCUCCAUUGGACAUUUAUCAGUGGAUCUCACCUUCUGCAAGUUGUCAAAGCCUGCAAGAGUUUAGAAGAACUGUGUUUGACUGAUGUGUCUGGUAUCAGUCUUAAGGAAUGGCAUAAAGUCAUAAAGAGACUAGCAUUACUGAAACAUUUUCAUGAUUUAUCUGUUGCUCUAUGUCCUGAAGUUCCUCUAACUGCUUUCCUGCUUUCAUCUCAGCCACUUCUUUCACUAAGAUCAUUAAAAAUUAGACAAAACAUCAAUAAAGUAACAGUGGAAGACAUUCAUGCACUACUGACAGAUAUUGCUCCAAAUAUUGCUUUUAUAAAAUUAGAAUGCAUUGAGGCUGAUGAGGAAGUGUUGCAGUACAUUGAAAGUAAAGGGAUCGGGUUGCAGUUGGAUGUAAUGGUCAAUUAAUGCUUUGGAUGGGAGCCCAAUG